AUGGGUUCAGGAGAUGGACAACCAGUGCCUGGCAGCCUCUACUUCUAUGGCCCGAACAAAGGUGCAGCAAUCUUCUUCACCGUCGCGUGGGCAGCCACUGCACUGUGGCAUCUGUACCAAUGCAUCAAGUUCAAGGCCUUCAAAGUGACAGGCCUCUACCCGUUCACCUGCCUCCUCUUUGUCGUCGGCUUCGCGCUGCGGAGCUAUGAGGCAUUCGACUACGGCAACGUCAACAUCUUCAUUGCGAGCAAUACACUCAUCUACAUGGCUCCUCCACUCGUGGAGCUAGCAAACUACCACAUCCUCGGGCGCAUCCUCUACUUCGUGCCGUACUUUGCACCGAUGCACCCCGGCCGGACACUCACAACUUUUGGCACAAUCUCGGCCCUCGUCGAGGUCCUCAACGCAGUGGGCGUGGCGUGGAUGGUCAACCCCAACAUCGAAGAUGACAUCAAGGAGGUCGGCGAGGCCCUGCUCAAGGCGUCGCUGAUCAUUCAGAUCGCCGUCAUCGUCUUCUUCGUCUCCCUCGUCGCCGUCUUCCAGCGCCGCUGCGCCAAGCAGGGCGGCCGCGACCACGCGCGCCGCAUCCGCCCGCCCAUUGCCACGCUGUACCUGUCGAGCGCCCUCGUCAUGGUCCGCUGCAUCUACCGCACGGUCGAGUACUUUGGCGAGAACACGCAGCGCAGGCCCGGCAUGGACCCCAUGUCGCUGAGCCCCGUCGUGCGCUACGAGUGGUUCUUCUACGUCUUCGAGGGCGCCGUCAUGCUCGCCAACGCGUGCAUGUGGAACCUGCGGCACCCGCGCCUCUACCUGCCGCAGGACCACCGCGUCUACCUCGCGCAGGACGGCCGCACGGAGCUCGUCGGCGACGGGUACAAGGACAACCGCCACUUCCUCAUCACGCUGCUCGACCCCUUCGGCUGGCUGCUCAAGGACGGCUCGGCCAAGCAGACGCCCUUCUGGGAGACCAACGGCUUCGGCAAGGACGGGCGCAACGCGUCCGAGAGCACAGACGCGGGCGCCAGAGGUCCGGCAGCGGUCUGA